UAAUUUUACAUCACGGUGACCUCAAUAUUCAGUGUACACGGAAGUGUUGGUAAUCAAAUAUUCUCAGAAUGAGAUUCAUAUAAACAAAUCAGAAUGAAUGACAACAAUAUAUCAGAGGAAGAAAUUCAAUAUGAGGUCAGUUUAAACAUAUUGGAAGAGCAAAGAUUUUAUCUAUGUAAACAUCUCGAUCCUCAAAAUCACUUCGCCUACCUGAGAUCUAAGCACUUGUUGACGGCUGAUGAGGAGGAAAUAAUUAAAUCCCACAGUUCAAGGACGCAAAGAGCAGAAAAGUUUUUGGACAUCUUACUUCAGAAGGGCCCUAUGUGUUACAAAGCGCUAGUGGACGCUCUUCUAAAGAAUAAAACACAAACAUUUUUAGUGACAAGACUUAAUAAAGAAUUUGAAAAGAAGAAGAUUCGUCUACACAAUCUACUAACAGGUAGUACACCGCCGGACCCCAAUGCAAAUAUAGGAGUGGAUUCAGAAGUUUUACCUAUACCAACAGUGGGGUCAAUGGUGUGUCAGAGUCUAAAUAAAGUACCAAUGGAAAAUGGAGGGUCCGAAUAUUCCUCACUGACGUCAGACAAAUUAACUUACAGGGAAGAUUCAACGGCUUAGAUUCAAUUUUGUAUGUGAUAGUUUUUGUUUUGAGGGUUUUUUUUUUUUUUUUACCUGUUUGUUCCUUUCAACAUAACGUAAUGAUGGUCAUAGGUCACGGAGUAACUGUUAAACCGAUGUAUCGUACAAUGUAUGAUAUAUUACACUAAAAUAUAAAUGUAGUAAUGGUCAACAAGAUGGACAUAUACUUUAAAAAAUGCUAUAUCAGCAAAAUUCUGUUGUUAAACUUCUCUGUGUAUUUACUGUCUAACAAUCGACAUUUUACAUGUUGUAUUCCUUGUUGAUAUAUUGUAAUUUUCGGUAUUUUUGUGUAGAUUUAAGAUUUUCUCUUAUGUGGUUUGGGGAGAUUUUCGUUUCCUACAAACAUGCAUAAGAAUUCGUAUCUAUGCUGUAACUGAUUAAGUAUUUGCAAUAUAAUAUAUUACGCAUACUGUAUGUAC